GUUCAGUAUAAAACCACCCACCUUCCCCAGAAACACCAGCAAAGAGCAGGUGAGAGACUCGUCUUCUGUUUCCUCCUGUUAUACUUCAGUGCUUGAGUCUCGUCAGCAGUAUGUCUCGUAACAGUGCCAGCAGUAUGUUUGGUGGGGCGGGGGGUCAGGGCACCCGGGCCUCGGUCUCCACUCUCCAGGCCCUGAGGAACGCCAUGCGUCCUGAGAGCCAGCAGCAGCCGCAGGGCGGUGGAGCUCUGGCUCCUCCACCUGCUGAUGAUAAGAAGACCAUGGAGAGCCUGAACAACCGCCUGUCCGGGUACCUGGGCCGAGUGCGGAAACUGGAGAAAUCCAACCAGGAGCUGGAGGAGCAAAUCAGAGACAUCCUGGAGAAGAGGGGGCAGACGGCCGACCGGGACUGGGACAAGAUCGAGAAACCUCUGGCUGAUCUGAGGAAGGAGAUCCGUGACAAGACGAUGGAAAAUGCCCGCCUUCUGCUGCAGAUAGACAACAGCAAACUGGCCAACGAAGACCUGAAAAACAAGUUGGAUACGGAAAGCAUUGCCCGUCAGAACCUGGAGCAUGACCUCUCUGAUCUGAGGAGAGUGAUCGAUGACUCUCAGCUGGCUCGCCUCGACCUGGAGAGUCAGAUCGAGUCUGGAAAGGAGGAGCUCGCCUUCCUCAAGAAAGAGCACCGCGACGAAGUCGCUGUGCUGAAGGAGAAGAUCAAGGAGUCCAGUGUGACGGUGGAGGCAGACUCCUCCCACUCGAACCUGAGCAGCACCGUCAACAAGAUCCGCGACCAGUACGAGAAGCUGGCUGUUAAGAACCGCGAGGAGACUGAUGAUUGGUACAAAAACAAGUUCGAGAACAUUAAAGUGGAGGUGGCGAAGAACACCGAGUCCCUUCAGAACAGCAGGACUGAGCUCACCGAGCUCCGCCGCACUAAACAACUGAGAGAAAUCGACGUCCAGGCUUUGCAGAGCAUGAUCGUGUCUCUGGAGGAAACGCUGAGGGACUCGGAGGGCCGCUAUGGGAAGGAAUUGGCGCGUCUGAACCGGAUCCUCCAGCAGCUCGGAGCUGAACUCACUAAAGUGCGAGAUCAGGUGGAGCGUCAGGCCCAGGAGUACCAGGCUCUGCUCAAUGUGAAGAUGAAGCUGGAGGCUGAGAUUGACAGCUACCGCUGCCUGCUGGGAGCAACUGAUGACAGUGCAAACUUUUCCCUGGAGCAGGCUAUUCAGAAUGAGGCUAAGUAAAAUCAGACAGCAUUCAUCAGUGAUGAUCUGCAGAAGGUCCUGUAUGAUGACCAGCAAGGAGCAGAUGAGGAGAUCUCAACUCUUCUUUCUUUCUACUGAAUUAUAUCAACUUUGUAGUGAAACUUUAUUCAUGAUUGAAUCCUGUACACUGAGGUCUGUGGAAAUAAAAUGAAAUAAAAUACAUUUUCACAAA